AUGAAUGGAGGCCCCAAUCCAGGGUUGCGUUUAUUCCAGAAAUUUGAUCAAUUUCGAAUUUUAGUUUGUGGUGGUGAUGGCAGUAUUGGGUGGGUGCUUGCAGAGAUUGAUAAACUGGAUAUCCAUAAACAGUGUCAAAUUGGAGUAUUACCAUUUGGCACUGGCAAUGAUUUGGCUCGAGUAUUAGGCUGGGGUGCUGCUUUUGAUGAUGACACUCAGUUGCCUACUGUAUUGGAGAAGCUUGAACACUCACAGAUAAAGAUGCUGGACCGGUGGAGUAUAUUAACAUAUGAGGGUAAUAUGCCUGCCCCUCGGAAAUUGUCCCACCAAUUUGAAGGUAUUUGUACUUACGAAAACAGUGUGGCUACUCAUUUGUCCAAAAUUUUGCAUUCCACUGACCAUGCUGUUGUCAUAAAAUCAGCCAAAGUUUUGUGUGAAACUGUAAAAGAGUUUGUAUGUAAAGUAGGGCAAGCCCAUGAUGGAGACACAGAAAAAGGAGAAACCUCAAUAUCCUCCAAGUGCAAUGUAUUGAAUGAGAAAUUAGAAAGUCUUCUAAAAACUCUUAAUGAAGAAGCCCACAUGGUAACAGCCCAGGAAGGCUAUUUGAAUGGUGCCGGUGCUGAACAAGCAGAAGUUGGCUCUCCUGAUCGGGAUGUCGUGUCAGGGGAGAUAACUGCCAUCAAACAAAAUAAAGGCCUGAUAUUUAAACCUCGAGAUGCACUCAUGUCUCGUGCCAAUAGUCUCAAAAAGGCCAUUCGACAGAUUAUAGAACACACAGAGAAAGCUGUGGAUGAACAAAAUGCACAGACUGAAUCUCAUCGAGGUCUGAUGCAAGUACAUGAUGCUGAUUCCUGUUUGAUGGCCACUGACGAUUCCAACAUACUCAGUGAACAGCAGCAGCAGCAACAACAAUACAAAACCAAUCCAUCCAGUCCUGUUCAGAGUCGGGAAGCAUCUCAAUCGGUGCCUACAUUUGCUGUCUACACUUCAGAGUCAAAACCCACUUCAGCCUCACAUCCAACACAAUUAAAACUUGCAGUGUCAUGUUAUGAUGUCUCAACAGAUAUAAAUUCUAAGUGCAGUUAUGAAUCUCCACCGGAAGGAGAAGGUUCCCGCUCACCUGGUGGUCCUCGAACUCGACGGAUUAGUAGUAUGAGUAUGUUCAAUAAGUCUCACAGUGUUGGCUCCAAUCUUAGCAAAAUUCGAAACAAUAGUCCAGUCAAAGACAUUCCAGUUUCACCUACAGCAACUCAGCCAUGUCACAUGCUGCCAGGAAUCAGCAGUUCAAUAGCUGGCCGUCUGGCAGGUGGUAGCUUCAUCAGCAAAGUGUUGCUGGCCAACGCGGAUGCUCUGUGUGCUGCUGCUUCCCCAUUGAUUGAGGAAGAAAUCCUUCUAGAAGAGUACACGGAACGGUGUGUUAUGAAUAAUUAUUUUGGCAUUGGAUUGGAUGCAAAAAUUUCUUUGGAUUUCCAUUUGAAACGUGAAGAACAUCCAGAGAAAUGCAGAAGCAGAACAAAAAAUUUCAUGUGGUAUAGUGUUUUAGGGGGAAAAGAAAUUUUGCAACGAACUUUUAAAAAUUUGGAUCAAAGAGUCCAGCUUGAAUGUGAUGGUCAACGAAUUCCACUCCCCAGUUUACAAGGCAUUGUGAUCUUAAAUAUUCCCAGCUAUAUGGGAGGUGCCAACUUCUGGGGAGGAACCAAAGAAGAUGAUAAUUUCACAGCUCCAAGUUUUGAUGACAAAAUUCUGGAAGUGGUUGCAGUAUUUGGCAGUAUGCAGAUGGCUGUCUCCAGGGUGAUAGAUUUACAUCACCACCGUAUUUGUCAGUGCCGGACAGUGAAAGUCACUAUAAUGGGUAAUGAAGGUGUACCUGUGCAGGUUGAUGGUGAGGCCUGGUUACAACCUCCAGGUUAUAUACGCAUUGUACACAAGAAUAGAGCACAGAUGCUAACAAGAGACAGGACAUUUGAAAAUGUCCUAAAGAAUUGGUCAAGCAAACAGAAGUUACCUCGUCCGAUCAGUCCAAUGCCUUGUCCACUGUCUGAAGAAGAAUCAGCUCUUUUGCAUAGUUUUAUUCAUGCCUCUUCAUCACUUAUACGAUGUGUGAAAAGUAUAGCAAAUAGUUAUAGUGAUGCUGAACAAGAGUUGCAUUCCUAUUCUGAUAAAGCAUCAGAACGUUUAGAAGCCCUGUAUCUCUCAGGAAAGUUUACAGAAGCCAAUCCAACUCUAGCAGAGCCAUCUUUACGGCCACUGAUCUCAAAUUUUAUCAACAGCAUGAAAAAUUUAUCCCAAGAAACUCACAGCUUCUUACGUGAAAAAUCCCCAUCUAAAUAUUUAAAUUUUGAUUCUGAAUUAAACGCUUCCUUAGCCCAACUGGAGAUAGAAAUGCAAAAGGUAGAAAUUGGUGGCCUCUUUCACUUCCAAACUAGCCAAGAAGAGAUAUCCGUAGGGGAGCACAAACAUCGCAAGGGAGGCAAAUUUCGUCAGGUUUACUCUAAACUGAAAGGCAAAAGUCGUGAUAAGGACCGGGACAAGGGAAACCUCAGUCUAGGCACAUCAUCAGACUUGUGCGUGUCACACUGGAGCCUCCUACACGUGGCCAACUGGCUUGACACAUUAGCACUCAGUGAAUAUAAAGAAAAUUUUAUUAUGAAUGAAAUCCGAGGUUCUGAAUUGUUGACACUGGAACGAAGAGAUCUCAAAGAUCUUGGUGUCCGUAAAGUUGGUCACUUAAAGCGUAUAUUACAGGGCAUUAAAGAAUUGAAUAUGGCAGCUUCUACAGAAAAGUCCUCACUUAAAAUUGAAAAUCCUUCUUAA